AUGUCUGCUUACUCCUCUCCGCGCGCUGUGGAUUACGAAAGAGAAUCUGCAUUUCCCUCGCGCGAUCGCGAUCGCGAGUACUCUGCAGGUCUCAGCAGUUCGCCACCCAACAGUCCUCAUAUCCGGACUGAUGCUCACGAAAUGCAUGUUGAAUACUGGCUUGGCCGUGAUCAAUCGAAUGAGAAUUUUAACGCAACGAAUGCACAAAGUUUGACACCAAACUCCAAGAAAGAUCUCAGUAAGGGAUCCAUGAAAGCAACUUUCCGGACUCUUGUCAUCACACGCAGAGCAUGUAAUCAGCCACUCCUAUCACUAUCUUUCGUGAAAGAGAAGAAAAAGGAGAAGAUGCUUCAAAAAUUAGGAAUGAAGAAGGGACAG